AUGCUAGAAUAUGAGAAACCUUUGGAACGAGGAAGCUAUGGGGCCAGGGUGACCCGGAGUGACGGACGGCUGUCCCUGCAGGUGAGGCACCGUCAGUCGGGGCAGGUCCUGGUGCUGAAGAUGAACAAGCUGACCAGCAACCGAGGGAACAUGCUGCGUGAGGUGCAGCUGAUGAACCGGCUCUGCCACCCCAACAUCCUCCGGUUCAUGGGGGUCUGCGUUCACCAGGGCCAGCUGCAUGCGCUGACAGAGUACAUCAAUGGGGGGAACCUGGAGCAGCUGCUCGACAGCCCCACCCCACUUCCCUGGCCCGUCCGCCUCAAGCUGGCCCUGGACAUCUCCCGGGGGCUCUGCUACCUCCACAGCAAGGGCAUCUUCCACCGGGACCUGACCUCCAAGAACUGCUUGGUCAGGUGUGAGGACAAUGGCUACACAGCAGUGGUGGGUGACUUUGGCCUGGCAGAGAAGAUCCCCACCUACAGUGAGGGCAGCGAGAAGGAGCCCCUGGCCGUGGUGGGUUCUCCAUACUGGAUGGCCCCCGAGGUCCUGCGUGGCGAACUGUACAACGAGAAGGCGGACGUCUUUGCCUAUGGCAUCAUCCUCUGCGAGACCAUUGCGCGAGUGCCAGCCGACCCCGACUACCUGCCUCGCACCGAGGACUUUGGCCUCGAUGUGGCUGCGUUCUGCAACCUGGUGGGAGCCAACUGUCCAGCGGCUUUUCUCCAU